UAGACUAUAAUUAAUGUCUUCAUGGGCUUUGAGCAGUGUGGAGCGAAGUAAAUUAAAUGAAAACAAAAAGGAUUCUAUUUUUUAGGACUUAUGUGGUAAAACAUAAUCGCUGUAUAAGUGCUCGUAACAUUUCUAAAUGACAUAAAAUGAGAAUAGAAGUGAUACUGAUUAGUGCAAGAUCAGUUUAAUGGAGAGUUCAAGUGUGUUCCCGGGUGGCAGCGAUUGUGGUGAGGAGAUUGAGAGAGCACUCAUGGAUCUAGGACCCCUGCUCGGUGUUUCUAUCAAAGAGGAAGUACUUGAUGAACUCACCGACAACUCGGCGUCUUCUCGUCCUAAUGUGAGUUGCCAAGUUGGUGCUGGUACCAGUGGUGGUGCAGAUGCAUUGGGUAAAGGUGAAGGCGGGGAGGGGGCUGAUUCACUUGUAUCACCAGCAGUACGAACAAGCUUUCUCACUAUAAAGUGUGUCUUUUGCCAAGCCGUUCUGGCACAAACAGAAGGCAUACCUAAAUUAAUGGAAUGUCUUCAUUCAGCGUGUGAGCCAUGUAUUAAAGCUAAAGUAGAAGAGAAACUGUCUGGUAGCAGAGACUUUUUAGGAGCGGGCCGUGUCACCAUCCAGUGUGCAGUUUGCAGGCUCCAGUGUCAACCCAAUAAUAUGAUCGACCAGAGAUUUGUUCUUGAGAAGGUUUCUGUUGAACAUGCCGGCAACACUGGAGCCGGAGGGAGUGAACAACAGUGCAACAGCUGUGAGGACACAGAACCUGCCACCAGCUAUUGUGUGGACUGUGCUGAGUUCAUCUGCGACAACUGUGUGCAGGCACAUCAAAGGCUCAAGAUAACAAAGGACCACACAAUAAAGAGCAAAGACGAGGCCGUGAUGGAGCUGCAGGCGGCGCAGGGCUCUCGAUCCGACCGAGACAUGUACUGCCGGGACCAUCCCCAGGAAAAACUGGGCCUGUUCUGCGAGACAUGCGAUCGUCUGACGUGCCGCGACUGCCAGCUGCAGCACCACCGCGACCACAAAUACCAGUUCGGCACCGAGAUGGCCGCGCAGGCGCGGGUCGCCAUCGCCGCGCUGGUCUCCGAGGUCAGCUACAAGCGCGUGCUGCUCGGGUCCGCCAUGAAGGUCAUCCGUGACCGCCGACAGCUCAUCGCCGACAAGAAGAAGGCGCUCGUGCACGAGAUCACGCAGACCGUCGUCAAGUUGACCAACGCGAUCAACACGCGCGGCAAGCAGCUGGUGCUGAGGCUCAACGAGGUCUGCGACGGCAAGCAGCGCACGCUGGGGGAGAAGCAGGCCGCGCUCGAGCAGCUGGCCGCCAUCACAGACCACUGCCUGAGCUUCGUUGGCGCCGCGCUCGAGCAGGGCAGCGACACGGCCGUGCUGCACGGCAAGCGCACGGUGUGCCAGCACCUGCAGCGCAUCAAGAGUCGCCGGGCCGACAUCCCCAAUCCCGAGAUUCCCGUCCGCAUCACGCUGCAGCUGGACAAGCUGCCCGAGCUCAUCAGGGUCCUGUCGACGAUCGGCGCCAUCGUCGUGGACGGCAAGGUGGACGGCGGCGGCGCCGGCCCCGGGGCUCCGGCGGCGCCUUCGGCUCCCCCGCCGCCCUCGACCGCCGUCGCGGCGGGCGGGACUUACCAGGCCGCGCCCCACUCCGCAGUCUUGGCGCUGCAGCAAGUCGCCAUGCAUCAGACGAUGGCUCGGUAUCAGUCGUACGUGGCCGCGGGAGGCGCCUACGGCCUGCCCCUGGCGCGCUCGAGGCCGCACACGCCGCUCAGGCACCCGCACGUCACCUCCACUACGCACCCCCAUCACUUGCACGGUACGUCCGGCUCGGAAACUUCCGAAACUGGCGGUCGCCUGACGUUCAAAAGUGCGCUUCGCUCCGACGCAGGUAUGAACGAGUUGAACCUGCGCGGGCUGCUCAACGCGUCGGGGCGCGGCGCGACAGCGCCGGCGACGGGGGCGGGCGGAGCGGCGAGCGGCCGAGCCCUUCACGCCCAUCAGGCCUACCACAUGAUGGGCGCGUACGGCAACGUGGCGUUCGCGAGCGGAGGGCGCCGCGGCGGCGGACCCCGGACCCCUUCGCCGGCACCACCCGCGACCCCCUUCGCCGCGCACACGCCGCCCGCCGGCGCCAAGUGGCACAUCCCGCAGCACGGACACGGCUCGGCGUCCGGCGAAGGCGUAACCGGCGCGGGUCCCUCGGCGCCCUCGUCGGGGCCCGAGUUUAAGAUCACUCUCGGCCCGCGUCACGCCACACCCGCGCGCACGCCGCUCGUCACCUCCACCAACCCCAAGACGCCUAGUCCUAGCCUCAACGGCGGCGCGUCGUCGGAGCUGGACAAGGUGUGCGCCGAGUCCGUGCGAGAUCUGAUGGCGACGAUCGCCAAGCUGGACUCCAACGGCGUGCAGGUGGUGGCCGAGGGCGCGGGCAGAUCGCCGGACCCCGUCCACUCGUCCACGGACGCCAGGCCCCCGGACCCCAACGACGACUGGUGCGCGGUCUGCAUGGACGGCGGCGAGCUCAUGUGCUGCGAUCGCUGCCCCAAAGUAUUCCACCAGUAUUGCCACAUCCCCGCCGUCGAGAAGCUGCCCGAGGAGACCGAGUCGUGGCAGUGCCUGCUGUGCGUCAACUUCGCGGCUCUGCCCGAAGAGGGCCCGACGCCGCCUGGCGAGCUGAGCGGCAGGCGCAGGCGCAUCGUGGAGAGGAUCACGCUGGAGCUGUACUGCCAGGUCGAUCAGUCGAUACCGUUCCGGGAGCCGCAGGGAGGGCGCGCCAUGUGCCUGGACGUGAUCCGCAUGAAGCUGCAGCCGAGAGCCGAGAACCGCUACACGCACGAGGCGCAGUUUGUGGCCGACGUGCGGCUGCUCUUCCGAAACGUCUACCGCUGCAACCCCGUGGAGUCGCAGCCGUACAGGGACGCCAAGAGUCUGGAAGAGUUCUUCGACGCGCAGCUCGUCAAGUGGCUGCCCGAAUACGCCUUCUGGAGCGGCGAGGGCGAACCGCCGGCGAAGCGCGCACGCUGCGCCUGACCCGAGGCUCAGGCGUGUCUCCGCGACGUCCCCCGAGGGCCCGCCCGCUUCGAGCCCCCGGGGGCUCUCGGGUCUCUCUCGCGGCCAGGACCCCCGCCUCCUCCGCCUUACCGUCAGAACGCCGGCCACUGGUCGCACUGAUCCGGCGUAGCUCGUUCCUCUCACGUUUUGUUCGAACAAAGUUUUACUACUUAUGAAAUAUUUUUAUAAUCACGCCACGUGUUAAGUGAGUGGAGACACGUUUCCAUUGUCGAGUGCCUCAUCUCUCGAAACGAGAUCUCCAUCAUUUCUGUUAUCGUCUAUAACUCUUUUAAUAAAUAUACGUCUGCAGCUUUCGUCUCCGGUUAGUGUUAGAGAUCGUGAUAGUGAUGAUGUUAUAUUAAAUAGCGUAGCGUAGUUACGAACUAUAUUCACUAGUUAAGAAAGUCCAGCACAAUUAACCUUUAUCAAAGCUGAAUGUAAUUUUUUUCGAUCGUUUUAACGAUAGGCAUAUUGCACACGAUGAAGUUUUCAUUUUUCUCCGCUCUCUGCUGCAGUUUAGAAAAAUAUAUUUACAAUGUAUCGUCAUUAUUAUUUUAAAUCUCCCUUCGUCCGGUCCGGUAUAGUACUAUAUUGGAACGGGCAAUUCCAUCCGCCUGCAUCUUGACAACAUUAAUGAUUAAGUACCUAUUAUUUAAAUAAAAGAUUACAAAAAAUAU